UAGAAAUAUUCGUCUGUAGGCGGUUGUGGCCUACUUCUCCUGCCUACACAAAGGAUGUGGAUGGUUUCACCCCUAUUAUGAGAGCAGCUCAGUCUGGCCGAAUUCGAGUUGCUCUGUAUAUACUUCAAGCCUGCCCUCAAUCAAUGGAAAUUCGCGAUUGCAAGGGAAGAAAUUUUCUACAUUACCUCAACAUUAAGCAUCUUGAGCUUCUUGAUGGCUCUGAGGACCUAUCUUAUCUGUGUGGAGAUUUCUUUGAAAUCUUUCCUGCAAUUGAUAGCCUGAGAACUGCUCAAGAUAAAGAUGGAAAUACACCCUUGCAUUUUGCUAUUAAAACUGGCAACUUGUUGACUGCAAAACUCUUGAUGCAAAGAUGUCUUCAAUCUGAAGAAAGGGCGGAACUAGCCAUCACCAACAAUGAUGGUUGCUCAGUUUUCGAAUUACUUGCAUCACAACCGAGUUUCUGA